CUACCACCCACGCACGUAGUACGCACGUUCGCUCCACGUGUGCUCCGUGUAAAAGUUAUCCUCGUUUCUCUUGCAUCCAGCGUGCGAACAGUAACAACGAGGGAGUUUUUCUUCGGAGACGAGGAUUCAACGCGUUCUGCGAUGUAACUCGGAACAAACCACCCCUGCCGCAAGUAUAUCCAGCUGAGAUGAUAUUCAAUCACGGAGAGAAAGAGAGAGAGAGAGAUAAGAGAGAUAAUUGUCAGUUGUUGAGGAGAUUUUGAAGAUAAAUAAGGAGGAAAGGUAUUCAAGAUUACAUGUCACAAUUGUCAUAUCGUAACAAAAUAUUACGUAAAGCGAAGACGGAGCGUGCGAUUCGAGUUUGUACUUGCGGAUGUCAUCACCGUGAUGUAUAAAGUGUGAACGAGGGAUCUCUCUUUUUCUCUUUCUCUUAUCGAAGCAAACACAUUCACGAGGAUAAGCGAGAGCACAAUUGGACGAAUGUCACGAGAUUUGAUAUGAAAUAAAAAUUUUUGGCAUUGUUUAUCAUUGAGAAAGAAAAAAAUGAAACAAAUGCAAUGCGAUCUUCUAUCUCACAUGUUUGAAGCGUGAUUUUCCGUUGAAAAUUCGUUACGAUUCGCUAUCGGAUAGUAAGGAUGCGUUUAAAAAUCGGGACAUCAUGUCCGUGACGGAAAUAUUCAAGAUGAUGAUAUUACAUUACGCGAGACAGAGAACUUUUCAAAUUUUUGACGAUGGCAAAACUAUAGAUUUUCUAAGACACGACAGAUCUGAAUUUCCCUGAAGAAACCAAGAAGACCGAGGACCGUGAUUGUUUUCAGCAAAAAAAAUCAAUAUGUCCACUACGGAAUCGCGUGAUGGUGAUACGAGUCCGACACGUCGGCCAAGGGAGAGCAGAAUCCAUAGCGUUAGUCUACCAGCUAGAACUUCAGUGCUUCCGCAACCACCGCCCACCGGAAAUGAUAUGCCGCCGCCAAUACCACGUCGACAUUCUGCUACUCCGGCGGUAGCACCACCUCCGAUUCCGUUGAGGCCGCCGGCGAUCCCGAAGAGAAGCAAGAAUGAGAAACCUAUACCCCUGAAAUCCACACCCAGGCAAGAUAAUCAAGUGACUCGUCGCAAGGCAAGCGAUUCUUCGUCCGCAUCGAGGUUGCUGACUGCAUGGAACAAUAUAGACUCGACGAAUGAAAAACUUAUAGACUUGAGUCCUUUCAGAGAUCAAGAUCAGGAAUCUCAGGAUUAUUUGUUAAGUUACGGCGGAAAGGACGGGCAGAAAAUGAACGAAUGUAACGAUUUCGUGGUCGACUUCGAGCGAGCGAACUUUCAGGAAGGGCGUAAGCUCGCGCAAAACUCGAGCUUCGAGGAGCUGCAGAAGGCCUCGUUGGACCUCGAGAAGAGGCUCCACGAGAGAAUUGUUAAGAGCGCUGAAGCAAGGUUCGAGGACUCGAACGACCGAAUGGACACUCGUCAACGACAAAGCAUUGCUACCAUUUCGCAGCAUAAUAGGCAGCAAUUGUCAAAGUUCUCGAAAGAGAACGAAUCCAGCAAUUGUGAGCAGAAGGAAUCAAGCGAAGACAAGCCCAGGGAAGAGACGUCAUUACCGCGAAGGGAGAUCUUUCCGAAAGACGAAUCAAAGUACGCGACGAUUUUGGCAGCUAAUCGCGAGCGGAGAUCAAAGUUUGAGGAGCUGCAAGCGGCCUCAAAGAAUCUAGAGAGACGUUUGCACGAAGACGACGAUUAUCGUCGACGUCAAGAGAUGGAGAGACGGAUUAACAAGGACAAGCCACCCAGAUACGAGGACCUGGAGGGUAUCCCGCAGGAACUCGACAAACGUUUCCACGGCGAGAGGUCAGUGGAGCAGGAACAGCAGCAUUCAAUAACGCGAAGCAAAUAUGAGAGCGAUAUGGAAAGGGCCAGGAAUAUUCUACAACAUAAUCUCAGGAAGGAACGAGGCGGCAGCGAGAAACUCGAGAAAUUGCCAAAGGCAACGCAGACGAAUCUACCGCCGCCUUUAAGCGCCAUUUGUCAAAGCCCUGUACCGAAACCUAUCAGUGUCCGACAAGACAGUAACGUUUCCUCGGAUAGUUUUAGUCAGACCAGCUCGCCCAGCUAUACCAGCAAGACAAUGGAAGCACCCCUUCUGCCUCACAAGCACGGGAAAGUCCCAGACAGAGCUUUGGUGUCGGAGCCUGAUAACUCAUCCGGCAGGCCGAUAACGAAGUCGACAAGCACACCGGCCAGUUUGCAGACCAUCGUCAGAAUGCACGGAAACAAUAGUUCCUUGCAUCACAAAAUAAUCAGGGACAUGACUAGCAGCCACUACGUGACUACGGGAAGACUACGUUUCAGAUUUAUACAGAUUCUGCUUAAUGCCGUUGCCUUGUUGGCUAUUGCUGGCGGUUUAGCCGCGUACUUCAAAACAUAUCCCGCAAGUGGCUUCAAGUUGGAAAACAAAACCAUGUACACGGCCAUCAUCCCGAUACCUGAACGCGCGCAUCUAGUGACGGUGGACAAAAAUCCAGAUCCAGGAACAUGUCUACCCAUCAUUGUGACCUUCUGUCGAGAGCAUAAUGUUCCGUACAACUAUACCGUGUUCCCAAAUUACAUGGGCAAUUUCGGACAGCGAGAUGCUCAGCACGAAUUGGAACUUUACGACGCCGUUGUCGAUGUCAGAUGUUACGAACUGGCGGCCCUAUUUCUGUGCAGCGUCUUCGUGCCGAAAUGCGGUAACGGCGGUCGGGUCAUACGUCCCUGUCGCGAUCUCUGCUUUCAAACCAAGAGACGCUGCGGCUUCUUUCUCAAGGUUUUCGGUUUGUCUUUGCCGGAUUAUCUGGAGUGCGAUCUCUUCCCAGAGAAACCGCAUCCCCAAGAAUGCAUCGGAUAUCACGAGGUGAUCGAAGCAAAUAGAAGAGCCGACAAAGCGGUAUGCACCAGCGGUUUUCAAUGUGAUCAAAAAAGAUGCAUUCCAUAUGAUUGGCGAUGCGACGGUCACGUGGAUUGCAUCGAUCAGAGCGACGAGACCGGAUGCGGGAAAUGCAAUUCCAGCUCAUUGUCCUUGGUGUCAUCGGCAUCGGUGCCUGUAUUCGGCAAGAUAGUCAUGGGACCCUCCACCGAAAAUACCUCCAUAAGUUCUUCGUUACCGCGUUACUGCGGCGAAAAAAGAUGCAUGUCAGCCAGUCAUAUCUGUGACGGAAUUAUGGAUUGUCCUUGGGGGCAGGACGAGCGAAAUUGUCUGAGAUUGAACCCGAAACAAGGGGACAUUGGCAAGGGGCGCUUGGAGGUAUACCAUGCUGAAAUGGGCAGAUAUAUGCCAGCAUGUGUCUCGAAUUCGUAUUUAAUGUCGGCGGACCAGAUUUGCAACAUGAUAGGAUAUACGGUCUCGAACGAGUCCAGUUUGCCGAACGCGACACAGAAUGACGGGAUACGUAUUAAAUAUUAUAGAAAUUCCACUUUGCUGAAACUAUUUCAAGGCUGCAUCAAAGAACGGGAGUCUUAUCCUAAGAUCAAGCUUAGUUGCACGGGAUAUGUUUGCGGCCGCAGACAUCCCGUUUACAGAAACACGAGAGUAAAACGAAUAGUGGGUGGUGUGGAGUCAGCACCUGGCGAUUGGCCGUUUCUAGCAGCUAUUCUCGGUGGACCCGAACAGAUCUUUUACUGUGCCGGAGUUCUCAUUGCCGAUCAAUGGGUUCUGACCGCAUCUCAUUGCGUGGGCAAUUUUAGUCAUUCGGAGGUAUCUGGUUGGACGAUACAGCUCGGUAUUACUAGAAGACUCUCUCACUCUUUUAUGGGCCAAACAUUAAAAGUGAAACGUGUGAUUUCCCAUCCGAAUUACAACUUGGGUGCCGCUCACGACAACGAUAUCGCGUUGUUCCAACUGGAAAGACCAGUUCAAUACAACGAUCAUCUAAAGCCCGUGUGUUUACCAACUGCUGCCACUAAUCUUACACCCGGUACACUUUGUACUGUCAUCGGCUGGGGCAAGAAAAACGAUACCGAUUCGUCUGAAUAUGAGCCGGCCGUAAACGAGGUCGAAGUUCCUGUUCUAAAUCGACAAAUUUGCAACAUGUGGUUAGCGCAUAAAGAAUUGAACGUCACCGACGGAAUGAUUUGCGCUGGCUAUCCGGACGGAGGAAAGGACGCAUGUCAGGGCGAUUCCGGAGGGCCUCUGUUGUGUCAGGAUAAGCACGACAAGCAGAGAUGGUUUGUCGGCGGAAUCGUCAGCUGGGGCAUAAAAUGCGCCCACCCAAAACUGCCCGGGGUCUACGCUUACGUGCCCAAAUACGUACCGUGGAUCAAAGAAGAAAUGUCUAAACAUUCCAAGAAUGAUUAGAGCAACGGAAAAGCGUAAUCGAUCGAGAUAUUCAACAAAACGUUUGGAUAAAAUUGUUGACAAUAUUGAAAUAACUAAAAUAGAAGCAAAAAGAAGGAUGCAGACUUUCGCCUGACGUAGAGGGAAUCGAAAGUAAAUAUGUGUAUGGUCUGUAUUGUCUUAAACAUCAUUCACAGAAGAUAGUAUUUUCUACAUAUCUGAGAAGAGAAGAGAGCCGAAUAUUAAACAAAGAUCAUUAGUCUCGUCAAUUGAAUAAUCACGGAUGACAGGAGCUGAUAAGAAUCACCGAUGAGAGCUAGCAAUGUUUACUAAGUUUUGGAUGAUAAAUACCGACGCGAUGCGAUCAAUCUUUUCUCGAGUGAUAACAGUAAGAUUAAUUCACUUUAGUCAACGGGUAACCGUGGCAGGAAAAGUUCUUCUAAUAUCGUGAAUUAUUAUUAACAUGCCCGAAUAUUGGAUAUUUCGCAAUUCUCUUAGUCAUAGCUCGUCCGACUAAACAUAAAAUUUCAUCCCUUCGCGACUUUUCGUAAGAAGAAUUAUAUGAUAAGCCACUCGAACAAGGAGAAUCAGAUAAUCGGAAACAUAUAGGAUACACUUAUUUUAUUUAAAUGCAUACGGACGCAGUACUCCUAUUCUAUAACUUUUAACAACAAAUUCGCUAUCGUGACAACGUCGUUGCA